AUGGCAGGAUUAAGUGCAGGGUAUGAUUUAUCAGUAUCUACUUUUUCACCAGAUGGGAGGCUAUAUCAAGUUGAAUAUAUCUAUAAAUCGAUAAAUAAUAAUAAUACAGCUUUAAGUUUAGAAUGUAAAGAUGGAAUAAUAAGUUGUUGUAUUAAUUCAAAUUUAGAUAAAAAUAAAAUGAUUAAGAAAAAUAGUUAUAAUAGAUUAUAUCACAUUAAUAACAACAUUAUAAUUACAUAUGCAGGAUUAGAUGGAGAUGCAAGAAAUAUAAUAGAUAGAGCAAAAAGUGAAGCUAAUAACUAUUAUUAUAAUUUUCAUACAAAUAUACCAUUACAUAUUUUAGCUAAUAGAAUUUCUUUAUAUAUUCACGCAUAUACAUUAUAUUGGCAUUUAAGGCCAUUCGCUUUAUCAAUUAUUCUAGCUUCAUUUGAUAAAAAUGAAAAAGGUGAAAUAUACUGCAUAGAACCAAAUGGGGCAUGUUAUAAAUACUCAGGAGUAGUUAUAGGAAAGAAUAAAGAAAUGUUUAAAACAGAGAUUGAAAAAAAAAAUUACAAAAACAUAAAUGUAAAAGAUGCUUUAGUCGAUAUUUAUAAAAUUAUAUUAACUAGUGAUGAUCAUAUUAAUAAAGAUAAUUUAUCAAAUUUAGUUAAUUUAUCAUGGAUAUGUGAAGAGUCUUCAUAUGAAUUUCAAAAUAUAGAGGAAAGUAUAUUAGAAAACGCAAUGAAAAUAGCUUUAGAAUAUGUAGAACAAUUAAAUCAAUAA